CGGAUAUAGUGAAUGCAGGGUCCGGGAGAGAGCGGAUAUAGUGAAUGCAGGGUCCCGGGAGAGCGGAUAUAGUGAAUGCAGGGUCCGGGAGAGCGGAUAUAGGGUCCCGGGAGAGCGGAUAUAGUGAAUGCGGGGUCCCGGGGAGAGCGGAUAUAGUGAAUGCAGGGUCCGGGAGAGCGGAUAUAGUGAAUGCGGGGUCCCGGGAGAGCGGAUAUAGUGAAUGCAGGGGUCCCGGGAGAGCGGAUAUAGUGAAUGCAGGGUCCCGGGAGAGCGGGUAUAGUGAAUGCGGGGUCCCGGGAGAGCGGAUAUAGUGAAUGCGGGGUCCUGGGAGAGCGGGUAUAGUGAAUGCGGGGUCCCGGGAGAGCGGAUAUAGUGAAUGCGGGGUCCCGGGAGAGCGGAUAGAGUGAAUGCGGGGUCCAGGGAGAGCGGAUAGAGUGAAUGCGGGGUCCGGGGGAGAGCGGAUAUAGUGAAUGCGGGGUCCGGGGA